UAUCCGUAAAUAACAAAAUAUGAGUGAUAUUGCUAAAAAACUGGAAGAAUAUCGUAAAAAUAAGCUUAAAAACAAACCACAACAGGAAGAAACGGAACAGGAACUCACUGAAAAUCUGAUCAAAGAUAUAGAUUCGGAUAUUGUUACUAGCUCGGAAGAAACUGAAGAAGUAGUAGAUGACACUAUACAUUGCUGCUCUCUAGUUCAGUUCUUAUAUUAUGGAUUAUGUUUUGCAUUUUGGAUUAUUCUUUAUGCAAUUUUCAUUAAACUUCAGUUCGGAACGGUUUUCUUUUUAGUCUCAUGUUUAGUGGCAAUGUACAUGAAUACUAGGACAAGACCGAAGAAAAAAGGAGAGGUUAGUGCAUAUUCGGUUUUAAUAAAGACUGUAAAAGUAUUGACGGGACUUUGAAGGCUGAACAGUUUGAGCGAGAAAUUAGAUAUGGCCCAAAUGUUGUGCGAUAACCCCGAAUUAGAUGGAGCCUGGAGAGGUUAAAUGUAAUUUAAGCUCAAUUUAUAGUUUUAUAAAGAUAUUU